CCUUGCCUGAUCUUUCAGAGGACCCUUCUGCUGUGGGACUGCUGAGGUUUGAAGAAAAACAGAUUCUAAAAAUGGAAUGGGGAGGAGAGUAUUCUUUUGAUUCUUCCAAUUUAGACUGUUUGUUAAAUGUUCUCCCUGGAGAAUUGGAAUUCCGACAAAUCCUUAGUGAUCUUGAUGAAAAAAUAAAGAAGAACUCUUACAGUAUAGAAGAGUGUCUUAAGGACCUGCAAUCAGACAUAAAUGAAAUAUGUACUGAUGAAGUACUACAAAGCACAACUGACUGCAUUCAGUGGCUAAAUAGCUGCAAUUUUAGUUCUCUCAGACCUUCUUCUACAGACCGUGGAGAACUGCUGGAGUUCCUUAAGACCCUGCAAAGAUUGUUGAAGAAUGAGAAGAAUCAAGAAGAAAUGAUACUUCACUUCCUUCUGGACCUCUCUAGUCAAUGUGGUGUCUCAUUUCCCUGUACUGCAAGUGGGAUGUCAUUUGAGUUAACAUCUUCGCUUCAUACCAUUCAGGAUGAUUCAGCUGUGGAUGUGAAAUCUCUUUGGGAUGAUGUGAGAUUGCAUCUUCGACAAUUUUUAGUAAACAGACUGCAAAGUCAAGAAGAAACAAACACUAAUGCUUUGCCACAACAAAUGGAGUUUAAAACUCAGUGUGUACAGCAGCUUUUGUUUCUUUAUCCCAAAGCAGAAGUCUUAAUGAGGUAUCAAAAUAUGCAGAAUAAACUGGUUAGUGAUCUUCUACAAAACUGUAUUUUGUCUAGUUGUGGUGAAACAAAUUUUGAUAAGGUGGUUCAUGGUUACCAAAGUUCCAUACCCCAAUUGUGCACAAUGAUAAAAGAAGAUUUGUAUAUACUAAGUGGAACUAUUGGUCCAUCUUCGUCAUUAAAGUUUAUUAACGAAACUUACCUGGAUACCAUCACUGAAGAAAUGACAGUUCUUCUUGAAAGACUUUGUGAGCUGCAGUUCAAAGAAAAUGCUCUACACAUUGUUAAAGCAAACAAGAUUUCAAAGAAGCAUAGAGGAAGAGUUCAUGCUGUGGCCUCCCAGGAAUACCACAGGAAAGGACGGAACUUCUGCUUAACCUUAUAUCAACUCAAAUGUCUUUCUCAACUUAUCAAACUCUUCUUAUUAAUGGAGGAAAAAAUUGAAGAGCUCUCCACAGAAAUUCUGCUGCUGCCUUCAUUUACGGAGAGGAAUAAGAAUGUUCAAGGAGUUCUGAAGAGAGCUAGUGGGGAGCUUUUAAUAGGAGAAACUAGAGCAAAUGAAACCAGCGUGCUUCCUGAACAGUUACUUCAGGUAGAAGAGCCUAUUUUACUGAAUUUUGGCUGGAGAAAUGCAUUUAAAGACCUGUCUUCUUCUGUGGCUCACUGUAUAACAAUUGCAAUUGAGGAUUUUUCAUCUAAAAUUCUUCAACAUGAGCAGAAAGAAGAGUUUUCAGCUGCAGGCUGUGCAAUGAGUCUUGUAAACAACCAGCAAAUGAGGGAGUCCUGCAGAGCAGUCCAACAGGAAGAGCAACCAAAACGAAUUGCUAAGUUUUGUUCUGACAUCGUGGAAGAACUCGACACAUUGCUUCCAUUGGCUCUGGCCUGCAGAGAUGAUUCUCUUCAGGAAAUUAGAGCAAACUUUGUAGAGGCCUGCAGCAAAGUGGCAACGGCUGUUCUGGCAAGACUAGAGGAGAAAAGCAAAGACGUUCCUGUGAAGGCUCCCCUGCAAGACUUGUAUGCUUCCCUUUCCACGGCGAUAUAUGUCUUUCAGCAUUUUACAAUGUAUAGCAAUUUGAUGAGAGAAACCAGCAAAAGACCCCUGUUCCUAGUGGCUAUCCAAAAAUGUCAAGAAUUCAUCAACAUUCUCCAGUGUCAAGUUACGAACUACUGCAUCAGAGUUUGUGCUACAAGUAUUUUACAGGAUGCUGAGAGCCACUGCUGGGAUGACUACAAAGCUUUUUAUGAGGGGGAAAGAUGCUCAUUCUCUGUCCAGAUGUGGCAUUACUUCUGCUGUGCUCUUCAUCAUGAUCUAUGGACUAUUCUACCUCCAAAGACAGCCCAGGAGAUUCUUACAGAUGUACUAGAGCGAUCUUUGGAUAUUCUGUCCUCCAGAUAUUGUCAGGUGUGUCCCAGUUACAAAAGAACACCACAAAUCAGAAUUGAUAUUGCAGCAAUUUUGAUGUCCACUGAAGAUAUGCUCUGGUCAAUUUGUAGUUCUGUGCAGGAGUUUCUGAAUCCACACAAAGACAGAGAUCUCAAGAUCUAUAAAAUACAUAGCCACUGCAAUAGUCUGAUCUCUGUGCUGGCUAUUUUAACUUCACCAUUGAAGAAUUUGUAUGAGACAUUUCUGGAUAAUUCUGAUGAACAUCUUCCUCAAGAUUUUUCAGAAGUCUCUUAUCAGCCAUUGCGCUGGUUAUUUUGCAUACCGUCAUCCUGUUUUUUCUUUGUAAAGACUCCAUCAACCAGAGAAAUGGCAGCCCAAGGUCUGCUGAAGCUGCUCUUAUCCCAGCCAUACUGUAAUUUGAACUUGCUUUUGGAAACAUUGCUACACCAUGAUUGUCUCUUAGUGAAAAUUUUGCUGAGAAGCUCAAGUAAUCAAGCAUUAAAUUGUGAUGAACAAAGUUCUCUCUUGGAACAGGAAAAUAACAAAGAGCCUACUCUGAUUGAAACAAUCUUCACAGUAUUGUCUUACUGCAGUUUAUCACCCAAAUCUCUUGGCGUUGCUUUUGAGUCCUACAUGGAAAAAGAGCUGCUGUGGAACUGCUUAUACAAUAUGACAGUUUCCAGUUGUGGUGAGUCGGAGCCAGAAGUUAUCAGAUGCUUGAAGUUGACAUUGAUUAAUUCAGUGAAGGGUAUAGUGAAACAAAUAAUUUCUUUGAUGCAUUCAUGGGAAGCAACAGAAAACUAUGGAACAUACCAGCACAAGCAAAUAGUUCCUGAAAGUUUACUGAAAACCAUUCCAAAGGAAUGGAAUUACACUCCUCGGGAAAUGAAGAGAAAAGAGUCUGGGAAAUGCUUCACAAGACUUGCAGCUCAAGCAGUAUCUAUUGUAAUCAGCAAGUUACCUACAGUGAUUGCAUGUUUGUCUCCCCCAGUUAAAUACUUCUUUUUUCUGGCUGAGAGAAAAAUGUCAAGAAACUUUGCUGAAUUGAAGAAAGCUGGUCUGCUUGUCUGGAACUUGAUUGUAAUUAUAUGUCGGAUAUUUGAGGAUGGAAAUACUGCAGAAUUUUUAACAGGUGCAACACUUGACAGAUGGAGCAAAGAAAAACUCAGUUUAAUUCGUGUGUGCUUAGAAAGUAUUAUGGGAAAACAGAAAAGUGGUCCUAAGCAAGUGACCCAGAAAAUUAUACAAAGCAUUGAGCAGCAAAGACCAAACUGGAUUGAAAGCCAGUUGCUGAAGGCAAGAAAAUUGAGCAUAGAUUGUGCCUCAGUCACAGUUAAAAGUGGAACAUUAGAGGAAGGUGGUAUUGCACUUGGAUUCUCUGAGCAUAAUAUAAACAUGAUGGUCCUGGAUAUCUGCCACAAACCAGGUGGUAGUGAGUACCUGAGGCAAAUUUAUCACAUCAUCCGGCUCAAUGAGGAAUAUUUGAAAGAGCAGCUGUCUUGUGAGAAUUCCUCUGAAGAUGGUAUUACCUCGAGUCAAUGUCUGCCUUUGACGCUGAAGGGCAGACAAGAACAGCCUGUCUUCAACCCUUUCCAGGUGUACAGACAAUCUUAUGCAAAAGUAUUCAAUCAGUCAGCCAUUACUGAAUGGAACUGGGAUUGGUCAAGCUUGCUGCCAGGUUACUUGGGACUGAAUCAGAUGGCUUUCAGGGUGCUGCUGACACACAGGUGGGAGAUGAAAGAAGAUGCAGAUCUUGAAGAUGAGGAGGACAUUAUGGUAGAACACUUAAAAAAUGUUUAUUUGACACAAAGGACUUUCUCAGAGGAUAAAGAAGAGCAAUUACCUUGACAGAUUUUGGUAGCACCUUUCUUCUGGAUUCAACAAGAUUAACUUAAUAUCAUAACUCACAGUACUAGAAAGCUCAGAAAUAUAUAUCUUGAGUAGGACUUCUAACCUAAAGAGUGUUCCCUUGUUAUUGUCUGGUCACGCUAUCCAGGAAGCAAUUGUUCACACAUGCAUUAGGUGAGGAACAGUGCAGGAAAAUGUCAGUGUCACAAAACAGGGAGGUCAUAUCUCAGUACUGCAGAGGCAUAAACCUGAAUGACAAACUGAGAAUUGUUUCACAAAUAUAAGACUCACUCUGAAAAUAAUGCAAUUUUAGACAUAGGCUAAGCAAAUCUUUCUGGUUUCCAUCCACCGCUUUGGAGUUGGAGUCAGCCUGCCCCCAGUUUGUGUCACUCAAGCACCUUUUCCCUCCUUUGGUGCUUGUUUACUAAAUUACCCAAAAUACAUGAAAAGGGAAAGGUAUAGACCAUAUAGCUACAGUCCUUUUUGAGUUGCUCCAGGAUGAGUAUGCUCGGCCAUUAUUCCAAAUCAAAAAUGCAUCAGCAUUAAUGGCUUCACAAAUCCUUACUUAACAGCCAGUGUAUUUUAUGGUUUAAAAAACACAUAGAGAAAUUUUAGAAGCUUUGAGAAUAAUUUUUU